AUGGGCAACAUCUGCCACGCAGGCUCGGGUGCCGGCACCAAGGCCAAGACCAAGUCACGUUCAUCGACAGGCAGCUCCAAGGCCGCACCCACAUUCGGCAAGGAUCCGACGCUCAAGCGCGAGGAUUUUAUCUUCUCCAAUAUCCAAACAGCAUCGUUUCUGGCCAAACUCCCUGGCAGUAUCAAUGGCCAGCAGUUCCUCAUUGAGGAGUGCCACAACUGCGAUAUCUUCCUGCUGGACCACUGCACGUCUGUGCAGAUCGACGCCUGCACCAACUGCCGCAUUGUCGUGGGGCCCUGCGAGAGCAGCGUCUUCCUGCGCAACUGCAAACGCUGCACCGUUGUGUGUGCCGUGCAGCAAUUCCGCGCACGCGAUUGCGAGGACGCAUCAGUGUACCUCUACAGCUCCACGGAGCCAAUCAUUGAGACGUCCAGUGGCCUGCGGUUCGCAUGCUUUCCACUCACCUAUUUCUCAUUGCAGGAGCAGUUCCGUCAGGCCAAAUUCUCGCCCUGGAACAACAAAUGGAGCGAGAUUUUCGACUUCACUCCGGAUCACGGCGGGUGGAAGCCACUGCCGAUGCGUCGUCAUGAAUCUCCACUGGCUGAAAUGAUGCAAGACAAAGAAAACAACGGAGCUCGAUCGCUCUGGAAGAUGCCAUCGUGGACGGCAGAGGAAUUGGGUCUUUCGGUGGACUUACCGCAGUUGGUGGUGCCGAUCACCAGUGGGCUUUGUGCCAGGAAGGCCGACGUGCCGACGCUGUUUGUGUGCUUUGCAGUGCCCAACGAAGCUCUCAUGACGAACUUCGUGACCGAGAUGGCAACGAAGAAGAGCGACGACAGUGAUGAGCCUACGCUACUUAUCCGCACCAGGCAAAUGCAGCUCACAAGCGAGCAGGCAGCAGCAUUGUUCCUGGAUAACACUAGUUUGGCUGGGAAAGCAACUGAGGCAGCUAAAAGCACGGCUGGAUCCGUGAUGAUGGAGUUCCAGGGACCACAAUGCUAUUGUCACUGCAAUGAAACGGUACAAGGUGUUCGUUUCGCGUCUGAGGCUGCGGCUAGAAACAAUAUAUUCAUGUCCAAGGAUACCGCGUCUGCAUUGUACGUUUGCACCUUCAGUCGUCUCAACGCCUGA